AUGCCCAUCACACCUGCAACGCCUUGUAACAACAAAGAUUAUGGCAACAUAGACAAUGAAAAUUGUGAUGGUUGGGAUUUUAAACUGGCAACGCUGUUCUCGAUUUUUGAGUCUACCUCUGAAGAUAUCUUACAGCGGGCCCUCACUGAUGCCAAGGGAGAUCUCGAGCAGGCCAUACCAUUGAUUCUCAGCAUCAACAGCGAUUCGUCUAUUUUAUCUUCAUCGCCACUCGAGACUACUUCAGUACCGUUUUUCAGGAGCAGCAGCUUCAAUAAUCCGAGCAGCUUCAAUAAUCCGAGCAGAGGUGACGACCAUUCACAGAGGAAGAGGCAAAAGCUGAUCCAGCCUCGAUUGUCCGCCUUUCUGCCCUCUUCAGCGCCCUCCAUCACCAAUGUAUCAUCCAGUUCAGCACCCCAUAAAAGUAACACAGAGAUCAAGGCUUCAAGUUUGAAAGAACCAACCAUACCGCUCCCGUUCCUGAACGACCGCCUCCGCUGGAAGGACUCACUGAACGACUCUUCAUCCUCCUCAUUCCGAGCACCCAAACCCCUGGCCCUCUACAAGCCCGAAGACGUUACAAAACAUUGUCCAUGUACGCUCAUCUUCAAUGUACUGGAUAGAGAUCUGGCCACUCGAUUGUUACGGGCCAUGUUGAAGGAUUCGGAAACAUGGAAUCGGAAUCGGUGGUGGCUCUUCGAGCGGAUGGUUGAAUCCCCGCACAAGACCUCGUAUUUUGCAGAGCAGGAGAAUGAUAUGGAGGAGGUCUCCGAGUGGACCUAUAAUGGAAUGAAACAGGAUCCCCCGAGACGGUUUUUGCCAGAGAUGGAUGAGGCCAAGGCGGUUGUGCGCCGGAUUGUGAACGAACUACGAAAGACGCGGACAAUACAUCCAUACGAGGUUCAGGGUAGCUGGGACUGUAACGUCGCUGCGGCCAAUCACUACGCACAUUCGAAAGAGUCGGUUGGGUGGCAUGCUGAUAAGCUGACAUACUUGGGACCAAGGCCGACCAUUGGAUCUCUUACACUUGGAGCGACACGCUUCUUUCGGAUUCGAAAGGUCGUGCCUGAUGCUAAGCGUCCAGAUACGGCGGGCCAACUGAUCAGCAUUGCGUUGCCGCAUAACAGUCUCUGUAUAAUGUGGCCUCCCAUGCAAGAAGAAUGGAAGCACGAUGUACCACCUCAAGCGACUGUGACACCCCAUCCCAUUAGUGGCAUGGCUCGUAUCAAUAUCACAUUCCGGUUACGCCGUGAGGGAUUCACGCCAGAGGAUACACCGGUGUGCAAGUGUGGUGUCGCCAUGGUGUUGCGCUGUGUCUUCAAAAACAAGGCAAACUACGGCAGGUACUUUUACAUGUGCUAUGCAGCUGGUUCAAAUGAGGGACGCACAUGUGGAGCCUUUCAUUGGGUUGACAUGGAUGAAAAAUUAAAGCUGGUCACAAAUCGAGUUGAGGGCGAAGCAGUAGACGCAAAGCCAAGCGAAUCUCCACAAAAGCAGGAUCGAGCGCUAGAUUUGUUAGAGGAGCUGGACGACGCUGACCUUUUGGAUCUGCCGUUAGGCAAUAUCAAUGAAGAUGACCAUGUGGAAUAA